UAGAUGUUCAAUAUGUCUAGGGACCCAUUGGUCGUCGGCAAUGUUGUGGGAGAUAUUGUGGAUCCCUUCAUCACAACGGCGUCACUGAGAGUGUUCUACAACAAUAAGGAGAUGACAAAUGGUUCUGAUCUUAAGCCAUCUCAAGUGAUGAAUGAACCAAGGGUCCACGUCGGUGGGCGUGACAUGAGGACUCUUUACACACUUGUCAUGGUGGACCCAGAUGCACCAAGCCCCAGUAACCCUACAAAAAGAGAGAACCUUCACUGGUUGGUGACAGACAUUCCAGAGACAACUGAUGCCAGUUUCGGGAACGAAAUAGUUCCGUACGAGAGCCCACGUCCAAUCGCCGGAAUCCAUCGCUUCGCAUUCGUCCUGUUCAGGCAGUCAGUGAGGCAGACCACCUAUGCGCCGGGAUGGAGAUCAAACUUCAACACUAGAGACUUCGCAGCCAUCUACGGCCUUGGCUCCCCUGUCGCUGCAGUGUACUUCAACUGCCAGAGAGAGAACGGAUGUGGUGGAAGAAGGUACAUAAGGUGAUAUAUCAACCAAGCUAUGUGUGCUUCUCUCUCU